CAAUCUUUGAUCGACAUCAUGCUCCCCUUAAACGGAAUCGCCUUGGUUACAGGCGCAGCAAGUGGAAUUGGCCAAGAAUGUGCACUGGCUUUUGCAGCCCACGGUGCGGCUGGCGUGGUCCUCGUCGAUCUCGACCUUUCCAGCGUGCAGGCAAUCGCCGAGAAGAGUGCAAAGGUAGCCAAGAACGCUUCAUACCGGCCCCUCCCACUAUCAGUAGAUGUGGCGGACGCGGAGCAAGUCCAAGACAUGGUGUCUCAGACCCUGUCCAUGUUUGGGAAGAUUGACUAUAAUGUUAACUGUGCUGGAGUAUCCAUGACUACUGCAAUCUCAUUGGAGAAUAUCUCCAUGGAGGAAUGGGAAAGGGUCAACCGUGUAAAUGUCCACGGUAUUCUGUACUGUAUGCAGGCUGUGGGCAAGGCGAUGAAGUCACAGCCACGUAUUACAUUUCCAGGGCGAAAUCGCUCGAGAGAUGGCGGAAAAGGGUCCAUCGUCAAUAUAGGAUCCAUUCAUUCGUUCUUAUCUGCUCCCGGGACAGCUCAAUACACGACAUCAAAGCACGCCAUGCUAGGCUUGACACGAGCUGCAGCCUUAGACUUUGCUUCUAUGGGGAUCCGAGUCAACGCGGUGUGUCCUUCAUGGGUCAAUACUCCGAUGAUUAAUGGCAAUGAAGAGCUUGCUCAAGUACAUAAAAGUCUGACCAAAGUUGUCCCAUUGGGACGAAUUGCUGAGCCAGAGGAAAUUGCGGAUGUCGCUUUGUACCUGUGUAGUUCCAUGGCUAGUUACGUGACAGGGAGUGCUUGGAUGGCAGAUGGGGGCUUCACUUCGUCUACAAAGCUUUAGUUUUUCAUCAAUUCAACACGAG